CCUAAACCUCCAAUACCCGACGCCACUGCCUUUGCUUGUGUUUAUCGAUAAGUACUAUCAUGACCGCAAGCAAUGACAAGUCAUCCACCUCAGUGUCUGAUCAGAUGUCCAUGUCGAUAGCCCAGAGAUAUCACAGAAAUAUCAAAGUUGGUUGACCGUUUGUCCUUUAAUGGACUUGGUGAUACUCGAAUGUCCUCCAAGAUGGGUUCGUUAAACAUACAGCACAAUGGCUACAAUGCCGACGUGGAAAGAAUAAGAGAUGAAGAGUAUCCUAUGCUGAAGGACUCCAUCUACCUCGACCAUGCCGGCACCACCCCCUAUCCCAAGUCCCUCAUGGACCGUUUUGCCCAAGAGAUGACCGCCAACCUCUUUGGCAACCCCCACUCCGCCUCAGUUUCCUCCCAACUAUCAACUCAGCGCAUCCAAGACAUCCGUCUCCGAGCCCUGCAGUUCUUCAACGCCGACCCAGCCGACUUUGAUCUCGUCUUCGUCGCCAACGCCACAGCCGGUAUCAAGCUGGUUGUCGAAGCCAUGAGAUGUCUGCCCACGGGCUUUGACUAUGUCUACCACCAAGCGAGCCACACCAGCCUGGUAGGAGUUCGGGAAGAGGCUAAAAGUAGCGUUUGUCUGGACACUCGACAGAUGGAAGACUGGCUAUUUGGGAGUUAUCCCUUUGACGACUACGAAGACGCAGAAAGACCAAUACUCUUCGCCUACCCAGCCCAAUCCAACAUGGACGGCCGUCGCUUUCCCCUUUCUUCGUCUUCCCAGAUUCGUCGCCAGUGUCAAUUGCCAACCAACAAACGAAAAGCCUACACCCUCCUAGACGCCGCCGCUCUCGUCUCCUCGUCCCCCUUGGACUUAUCCAACGCCCAAACAGCACCUGACUUUGUCGUCCUCUCUUUUUACAAAAUCUUUGGCUUUCCCGAUCUCGGCGCUUUGCUCGUCCGGAAGGAGGUCCAGGAUGUGUUUUCGUCCAGACGGUAUUUUGGCGGUGGGACGGUUGAUAUGGUUGUUUGCCUGAAAGAACAAUGGCAUGCUCCGAAAGAUGGAUUUCUCCAUGAGAGAUUGGAGGAUGGGACGUUACCGAUACACAGUAUCAUCGCGUUGGACAUCGCUAUGGAUGUUCAUGCCAAGCUCUUUGAGUCGAUGGAGCGGGUGGCGGGCCAUACGGGAUUUUUGGCUAGGCGGCUAUAUCAGGGGCUGAAGGGGCUAAGGCAUGCGAAUGAUGAAAUGGUUUGUGCCAUUUACUCCCCCGAUCCUGAGACGGAAGACAGCGGACCAGUGGUGGCGUUCAACAUCCGAAACGCACAAGGGAUAUGGAUCAGCCUCGCCGAAGUGGAAAAACUGGCGACGCUAAAGGGCAUACAUAUCAGGACCGGAGGCGUGUGUAACCCCGGAGGCAUCGCCAGCGCUUUGGGACUGGAGCCAUGGGAGAUGAAGCAGAACUUUUCUUCGGGGUUUCGAUGCGGAAUGGACAAUGAUAACAUGGGUGGAAAACCAACUGGAAUUAUCAGAGUGAGCCUAGGAGCGAUGAGCACGAUAGCGGACGUGGAUCGGUUCGUCCAGUUUGUGGAGGAAUUUUACCGCGAGGAUACACCACCGACUUUACCUCCACCAGAGACGAAACUUGAACCCUCACUUCGAAACACCUUAGAACUUUAUAUCAAAAGCAUAGUCGUCUACCCCAUCAAAAGCUGCGCCGGCUUCCACGUUCCCCCGGGCAUCGACUGGGAAGUCCACCCCGAAGGCUUAGCCUGGGACCGCGAAUGGUGUUUAGUCCACCGCGGAUCAGGCCAAGCACUCAGUCAGAAACGAUACGCCCGCAUGGCACUUUUACGACCAAACCUAGAUUUCACCAGGGGAGAACUGCAAGUUACUUAUGCCGGCGACAUCUCUUCGUCACCAGGUUUACCAUCCUCGAUAUCGGUCCCCCUGUCCAAAAACCCAAAGAUGUACGCCCCCAAAACAUCAGGCAUGUCAGCGACUCCAACUCAAGAGGCUCAGGGUCCAAAACCACGAAGGAUACUGCUAUCGAAUGAAAGUCCGAUUUUGGCGAUUACGAGUACCAGCGUCGAUGCCUUGAACCAGUCCAUCGCUUUAUUCAACCCAUCGGUAUCGCAACCGAUUUCGGAAGCGGUGUUUAGAGCUAAUCUUGUUUUGUCCCCUUCACCUUCAACCCCUUCCGCUUCACCUUCCAACCCUUUAACCCCUUCGCCUUCCCCUUCCACCACUUCAAAACCAACACCAAAACAAAAACCAAAACCAAAACUAAACCCCUACGAAGAAGAUACCUGGUCAUCCCUUACCAUUUUCAACUCUUCUUCUUCUUCUUCUUCCUCAGGCAACCAAAAAGGAACCAAAUCCAUAAUCAAAUUUCAAAUGCUAGGCUCCUGCCGACGCUGCCACAUGGUCUGCAUAGACCAAACCACGGGAUCGAAAACCGCAGGAGGCGAACCCUUUGUGACACUAAGUAAGACGAGGAGGUUUGAAGGGAAGGUGUUUUUUGGGGUGCACAUGGGAAAGGGGGGGACGGGGACGGGAAGAAUGGGAGGAAACGGAAGGGUGAUGAAGAUUAGGGUGGGGGAUGUGGUGAGGCCUUCUUAUUUGUGA